AUGAAAAAACAGAGUUUAUUAAUCAGUAAAAUGCAACAAUACCCACAACUUCUUCGAAGACCUUUACCUCCCAAACACCCUAAGCUGCCUUUAUAUACAAAGAAAACCCAUACAGCCAAGACUGGUGAAAUUGAGACACUCUCUGGAAAGUUCACUCAAGAUGAAACCACUCCAGUUCUCAAAAAACCUGCUUUACUUGAUGUAUCUUCAGAAGAAAAAGCACAAGGUCCUAUCAAUAUCCAAGCUGACUCUUUGGAUCAAAAUGUAACAGAAGCAGUAACUGCAAUUUCAACAUCCACAAAAUCGAGAAAUGUCAGAUCCAUGUUUAUUCCAAGUUAUGCUUUAGUUUCAACUCAAUUUUUCAAGAAAAAUAUAAGAAAAAUGAAAAGAAGUUCAGAAAAGUCCACAACUAAACUACCCAAAUUCCCUCAAUCAGACGGUUCUUCGUUAGUUAACAAACGAAAGCAUGACUCUUCCAAAAGUGCAGUAUUGCCAAGUCGUCUAGUCAGUGCCUCACACAAGGUAGUAACCAUUAGUAAAGUGCUACUAGGGAUUACUCAGUUUCCAAGAAACAUUGUCCUACCAACACCGAUUUUACCAAGAAAACCUCAUCCACAGUCUAUCAUAGGUGGCUCUAAAUAUAAAAAAACAGAAUCAGACUACGUUUUAUACGGUGACGGUUUUAAGACUAUUGAGACAACACAUUCCGAAACAAUAAUAGCGAUGGCCAACCUGGCUGUAGUAACUUGCCAAGUGCAUGGAAGAAAUGCACUUAACCUUAAGGGUUUUUUUCUCCUUUAUUGUCCAGACUUCUCACCUUUGGCUUCCCAAUUGAUAUAUCUUAAUUUAUCAUUUAAUGACCUCCGUGAAUUUCCCAUAGAAAUACUUUGUCUUAAAAAUCUACAAAUACUGAAAAUGAGAAAUAAUCCAAUCAAAGAAAUUCCUUCUGAAAUCCAAUACCUUAAGUUCCUUCGAAUUUUCAGCAUUGCUUUUAAUUACAUUCAUGUUCUUCCAAAUGGGUUAUUUUCCUUGGCCCAUCUUGAGGAACUUGAUAUUUCCUAUAAUGAAAUCACUUCUAUUCCRAAUGAUAUCCAGAAACUCAGAUCACUUGACAAACUGAUUAUUGAUGGGAAUUACUUGUUUUUUCUUCCACCUGGAAUUUUGAAGCUUAACCUGACAAAAAUCCAGCUUGAGAAUACUUUCACUCAUCGUAGUUUAUGGGUCGAGAAUUGUUUCAAUAGUCCCCAACAACUUACUCACAUAUGUGCUUUGUUCAUUGUCAAAAAUGACCUACUUGGUUCUUAUGAUAAGAUCCCACUAAAAGUUCAAAAGUUACUGAUAUGCACAUCCAGGUGUGAAUGGUGCCUUGGUCCCAAGUUUGGUGAAGGUUUUCGUAUCAUCCAAUCCUACAAUAUCUUUGGAGCAACAGAGCUUCCUGUCAUGUUUCAUGUGUGUUCUCUUUCCUGCUAUAGGAAAAUAAAGGAGAGCGGUUUUGCUUGUGAAGGGACUGUCAUUUCAUGCUUGGAAUCUCAGAGAGAAGAACUUUGCAAUAUCCCUUGCACGCCACAGGGAUAUGUGACUCACGAGGAGCCCUCUGGCCUUGCGAUGACAGAUGGAGUGGGAAUGAGGAAGAACCCAUCCUCAACCAAGGCCAUCAGAGCUUUCUCCAGCCCAGGCUGGCCCAGCAGCAAUGAGGGCUCCAGGCAUCGUCCUGUGAGCUCAGGAAGUCAGGUGCUGAGGCCUGCAGUCUGCUUGCACAACUGUGUUGGCAUUUCUCAGGUGUUCAAUCUUCCACAAAAGGGCACUGAGGACCGUUCUUGCUCUCCAAGACCAGUAUCCAAAGGGUUCAUUCACAAUGACCUUUUGCGACAUACCUCUGGAGAAACCUGGCGAUUAGUUGAUUWGUAG